GUGGCCCAGGGUGGGCGCUAGACAGGCCAGGCAGACGGCUACCCGGUUGUCUGUUGGGUUCGUACCAGCCUCGUGUCUGACUGGUCUGCAGCCCCGAAUCCUUGCCGGGUCUUCCACUCCCCGCCCCCGGCUCCAGCCUUCUCCCGUCUGGGCCGGUCCCCGGCUUCCAUCUCCCACCCUCAGCGGGUACUCGUUCCCCGCCUGCUGCCCUCCACGGGUCCCUGUCAGAGCCUCGGCCCCAUGGCUCUGCAGGCUUUGCAGAGCUCGGGGGUGGCCUUUCGCAAGAUCCUAUGUCAUUUCCCCGAGGAGUUGAGCCUGGCUUUCGCCUACGGCUCGGGGGUGUACCGCCAGGCGGGGCCCAGCUCAGACCAGAAGAACGCCAUGCUGGACUUCGUGUUCACAGUCGAUGACCCUGUUGCAUGGCAUUCAAAAAACCUGAAGAAAAACUGGAACCAUUACUCGUUCCUAAAAGUUUUGGGGCCCAGGUUUAUCACCACUGUCCAGAAUAACUACGGCGCCGGGGUUUACUACAACCCAUUGAUCAUGUGUGAUGGGAGGCUUAUCAAAUAUGGCAUUAUUAGCACUAGUGUUUUGAUUGAAGAUCUCCUCAACUGGAAUAACUUAUACAUUGCUGGACGACUCCAAAAACCAAACUUGUUGCCAGACAGUAUCCAGGUGAAAAUCGUAGCAAUGAAUGAGAACGUCGCUCUCAGGUCGGCCCUGGAUAAAAAUCUGAAGAGUGCCGUGACUGCUGCUUUCCUCAUGCUCCCCGAAAGCUUUUCUGAGGAAGACCUGUUUAUAGAGAUUGCCAGACUCUCAUAUUCAGGUGACUUUCGGAUGGUGGUUGGAGAGGAUAAGGCAAAAGUGUUGAAUAUUGUGAAGCCCAACAUAGCCCAUUUUCGUGAGCUCUACGGCAGCAUUCUACAGGAGAAUCCCCAAGUGGUGUAUAAAAUCCAGCAAGGCAGCCUGGAGAUCGAUAAAAGCCCAGAAGGACAGUUCACUCAACUAAUGACAUUGCCCAAAACCUUACAGCAACAAAUAAAUCAUAUUAUGGACCCUCCUGGAAAAAACAGAGAUGUGGAAGAAACUUUAUUGCAAGUGGCUCAUGACCCCGACUGUGGAGACGUGGUGCGUCUAGGGCUCUCAGCAAUCGUGAGACCUUCCAGUAUGAGACAGAGCACCAAAGGCAUUUUCACUGCUGGAAUGGAGACGCCAUUGGAUGUCUUGUCAAGGGCAGCAUCCCUGGUACAUGCUGAUGAUGAAAAACGUGAAGCUGCUCUCAGGGGGGAGCCCCGGCUGCAGACCCUGCCCGUGGCCUCGGCCCUCACUAGUCACCGCACGGGGCCCCCGCCCAUCAGUCCCAGCAAGAGGAAGUUCACCGUGGAGCCCGGCGACGACGAGCUGGACUGUGAAAGUGACCAUGCUUCCAAGAUGAGUCGCAUCUUCGCCCCCCACCUGUUCCCAGAGGGCGGACGCUUGUGUGAGGGAUGCAGAGGACAGGCAAGAUGGGUGAGUCGGAGGCCGGGCUCGGUCUUUGCCGUGACCCUCGUGGGCCCUGCUCCCUCCUUCCUUGAACCUCCAUAUACACCUCACCCUCGUGCACAGUGGGUGUUGCCACAGACCUUCAGUCGCCUCCUGCCGUGGGUGUUCUGCAUCCCAUUGGCCGGGACACCCUGUCACCUCAGGGACGUUCCUGUAUUACGGGAGCCUGGGCCCGCGCGGGGGACACGGGGGCCGGGUUGGGCCGAGGGGCCUACAGCAUGGGGACCCCCGGGGCCCCAGAACAUUUCCUCCAAAGCACUAAGUAAAUAGCUUCAUCCCCACGUCCCUCCCCUGUGCUAAGAAUUCAGACUCCCUUUGGUUUAGUGAAUUGGUGUCAGGAGGUAAGGAAUUUAGUCGAGGCCCGAGAUUGUCAAGUAAGACCUUCCUGAGGGUUUCCUUCAGCUCUGAGCCCCGGCGGCUGAAGGGCGGGAAAACCUCACGUUGACGAGUGUGCGAGUGGAUGCACUUUCCUCAGUUUCACUGCCUGGAGUUGAGUCUACUUUUCCCCAGACACUGGGGACAUUGCUGGCUUCUCGCCUCAGGGCAGAGCGGCAGCACGUGGCACCCAUUUCUCUGUGGAAACGCCCUCCCCAGGGUGAGGAUGGGUCCCGGGAGGGGCCGUGCACCCCAAGCCUCCUGUCAUCGGCUGCCCCUCUGCGUCCAGCCCCCCGCACGAGCCCUCUGGACUCUUUCCCGAGCAAACGUCGUCUUUAAUGAGAACGGAGGCGCCGCGGGGCUCGCAGGCAGGAAACGUGUGGUUUGGGUCCGGGAGCACAUGAUGCCCCGGGAAGCAGCGGAGCCCGGGGUAUGAGUCACUGGGGGAAGGAAAACAACGUCUGUCUUCAAGCUCCGGGAACUGGGAAAACGAGCUGGAAAUCUGAGUAAUGUAUAAUUUUACUAAAAUUAACCAGCGAGGUCUUCAGAUGGUUUCUGGGUGUUUCAGUGUCUUUUCCGGUCCUUGAUGCCUGCCGCGUCCUGCCUGCGGGGGCCCAUUCUCCCGUUCGCUCCCCGCGGGUUGACUUGGGACAGUCCCCAUCGCUCCUCGGGCCCCCUGCUGCGCUGUGCAGCGUCGCGGUGCUGCGUGGUGCGGGGUGUGAGCACCGGCGCCCCCGGGCGACUCUCCAGCCUUCUGCCCGCUCCUCCGGCCCUGCGCCCCUCCCGGUGCUGUGGUGGUCACGGGGGAGCUUGUCGCCCCUGCCCGUGGUCGUGAGCCCAUGAGAAGGGCUGUGUCUUCCUCUCUGUAACCGUCAGAAAAUAGGGGCUCAGUUAACAUUGGUUGAAUAUCGUGGGGCCUGAACUGGACGGAGGCGCGUUCCAAGUGACGUGUCCGGUCCCUGAGUUUGCAGAGUUCAUGAAGUGACCUCUAGAAACCUCACUUUGGGGGGUAGGUUCCCUGACACAAUGACAAACCUCACUGUGUCAGGGAAGCAAUUCACAUAGCUCAUCAAACACUGAAUUUUAUUCAAAUUUAGAUGGAAACCUGAUGCUGGAGAUGACUCUGUGUGACAACGUAGUCUUUUCAGACACUGGUCACCUGUAUAUUCAGUAAUAAGUACCCGUUCAGGGAAAAGCCAGGUUAUCUUGGGUUUGAGGGGCCUGAAACCCAUCGAGCCAGACGUCCCCGUUCUGUGCCGUUCUGCAGGAACGUUCGGCGUUUGCGGUCACGACCGCGCAGCCCUUCACUGUAAAGGCCUGUAAUGUCAUCUGAAUCAUCACAGGAAGAUGAAAUCAUGGACAGGCUGGUUUCAGAAUUACUUUUUUUCUUUUCUUUUUUUGGUAUUGUAAUUCUUUGAAACUUGUCAGGAUCCAUGUGGUGUGUAUGGAACAUCUCAUCUACACUGUGACCAGAACAUACUCUUCCGUGAUUGUCUUCAUGGGCUGGAAGUUUAUUGUCUAAUUGCUUCUAAGUCAGCUUGUAUAGUCGACCAGCGAAUAGUGCGGGGCUGGCGGGACACACCCAUAAAUUACAUGCUGUGCCUUACGCGGUUCGUUGCCCUGUAGUUGAUGAACUAAGCUUACAGCUGAUUUGGUUCCACUAAUGUCCAUUGAUCUCUCCACCGUCACAGAAGUCAUUACCACAUUUUUAGUUAGAAUACUUGCUCCUUUGUUAUGAAAAAAAGACUGCUUUGGCAGCAGAGAACGCAGCGGAUUUAAGGGCUGAGACCUGAGGCACAAAGAACCCCUGGGCGGGGGUGAAACCUGGGCCGCGAGUUCCUGGGCUUCUACCGUGAGGCCCACGGCUAUUGUGCGGAGUCAUUCUCCCCGUUCUCAAAGAGAUGCAGCGUGUGACCUUGCCCCUAGAUGAGAUCCAACAGGUUGCAGGCAGGGCCCGUGCUACCGCGUCAUCUGGGUCCCACUCGGCCCGCACCUGCCUGUGGUUGGACUUUCCUACGGCAGGGCCCUCCCGCUGGUGCGCCAGGCUCUCCACGCUCCACACCAGCCUGAUUGCCACACCGUGAGCCAAACACCACGGCUCGCGGGCCAGUAGCCUUGGCCAGUGAGGAGACUGCGCUGGGUCUCGGUCCCCUCGUCUGGGGCGGGGGUGGUUACAGCCUCCCCUUCUCAGUGCUGUUGGGAAGACUGAAUGAGCUGAGGCCAGUGGAGCCUUAGAACAGGACCCGGCAGGUAGGAGGCAUGGGGUUACUUUGGCAUCAUCACCACCUUCAUCCUUCUGAAGGCAGAUCCUGGUCCAACCAAGCCAGCCUGGAGCACACAGGUGAGAUCUCUGGGCUCCGAGCGAGUGGAGUUUGUUGAAGGAGCGCUCAGCCAGACUGCCGAGCAGGGGGCUGCCGUCUCGUCUGGAUGGAGCUAUGGAGCUGACUCUGGACCCUGGGAAGGUGCUUCUCCCCAGCACCCACCUGGGUUAGCAUCCUGGCCCCUCAGUUACUGGUAGGCUAUUCGAUCAGAGCCUCAGACGGUGGGGUGAUGAUUGUGUAAUAUUUACCCACACCAAAGUGAGGGAUGAAAUGAUCAGUGUGAGUGUCUCACCAGCCCCCUUGCCUCCCAGAAGCUGCCAGGUUUUCCUGUCUGAG